AUGGACGUACCACAUCCUUCUCCUCCUCCAAAGGAACUACCUGUUGAACCAACUUCUUUGAAAAGAGUCGCUAGACCAAUUAGGCAUGUGAAAUAUGUUGCAACUAAAGCAUUGAUCUUUUAUUCCAAAGAUGGUCCCAUGGAGUUUACCUAUGAAAAGAGGAUCAAGACUCCUAUCUCAAAAAAUAAAUUGGUUGUAGAAGUACGCCAUGUGGGACUUAACCCGAUUGAUAUGAAGAUCCGGAAUGGCUACAAGAAUGGCGUAUACGGAGAGAUUGGUCUCGGUAGAGAAUACAGUGGUGUAGUCAAUAUGGUGGGUGAAAAUUUGCAAUCUCAAUGGCAUGAAGGCGAUGAAGUUUGCGGAAUUUAUUUCCAUCCUCACUCUGGGAGUGGGACUUUGCAAAGUUCAAUCCUAGUUGAUCCUAGUGAAGAUCCCAUUUUACUGAAACCCGAGAAUAUCUCUAGUCAGGAGGCUGCCGGGUCAAUGUACUGUUUGGGAACCGCUUUCAACAUCUUGGACAAAUUACAGAGAUCGGGGAAACUUAAGCCGGAUUCUAAUAUCUUAAUCAAUGGUGGUACAAGUUCUGUCGGGAUGUUUGCCGUUCAAUUGCUCAAGAAUUACUACCAUGUGGUGAAGAAAAUUGUCAUUGUGACGACAAGUACGGGGUCCAACGUUUACUCGGAGAAUUUCCCAGAUUUUGUCGAUGAUAUGAUUUUCAUUAACUAUUUAAACUGUCGUGGUAAAUCCAGUAAACCACUUAGACAGAUGAUCAAGGAGCAAAAGGCCAUCGAGUAUGACGAUGCAGGCUCUGAGAUUAAAAUUGACUACAAUCAGGGAAAAUUCGACAUUGUGCUAGAUUUUAUUGGUGGUUAUGAUAUACUCUCCCAUUCGAGUUCACUAAUACACUCUGGUGGUGCCUACGUGACCACUGUUGGGGACUAUGUGGAAGACUACAAGGGCGACGUUUUCGACUCCUGGGAUAACCCCAGUGCUAAUGCUAGAAAGAUGUUUGGCUCGGUGUUGUGGUCUUAUAGCUACACCCAUUUCCAUUUCGAUACAAACGCUAAAUCUGCAUCAAAGAAUGAUUGGAUUAAUAGAUGUGGAGAGUUCUUGGAAAAAGGGGUGGUCAAAUGUGUGAUAGAUAAGAACUAUCAUUGGAAAGAGCAUAAGGAGGCAUUCUCAUACAUGGGCACACAGCGGGCUCAAGGUAAACUAAUAAUGGAAGUGGAGAAAUUUUAA